AUGAGUUACGACAAGAAGAACGAGGACGAGGCCGGCCUGCUCAAGGUCGACCGUACCUCGGUCUUCCAGGAGGCUCGUGUCUUCAACACAUCGCCCAUCUCGCCUCGCAAAUGCCGUGUCCUGCUCACAAAGAUCUCCCUCUUGCUCUUCACUGGCGAAAAGUUCCCUCAGAAUGAAGCAACCUCUCUCUUCUUCGGCAUUUCCAAGCUGUUCCAAAACAAAGAUGCUGCCCUCCGUCAAAUGGUCUACCUGGUCAUCAAGGAGCUCGCCAACACCGCCCAAGACGUCAUCAUGGUCACCAGCAGUAUCAUGAAGGACACUGCUGUCGGAAGCGACGUCGUAUACCGUGCCAACGCCAUCCGUGCUCUGUGUCGCAUCAUCGACGCUUCCACCGUCCAGGCCAUUGAGCGCAACAUCAAGACGGCCAUUGUCGACAAGACCCCCUCCGUUUCCUCUGCCGCUCUCGUAUCCUCCUACCACCUGCUGCCCAUUGCCCGCGACAUCGUUCGCCGCUGGCAGAGCGAGACUCAAGAAGCUGCUUCGAGCACAAAGUCCUCUGGUGGCUUCUCCCUUGGCUUCGGUACCUCAGCCUCGCACAGUCUGGCUGCAUCAAACACAAACUUCAUGACCCAAUACCACGCUAUAGGUCUGCUCUACCAGAUGCGCUCCCACGACCGUAUGGCUCUGGUCAAGAUGGUUCAACAGUACAGUGCUCCUGGAGUUGUCAAGAGCCCUGCAGCGCGUCUCAUGCUCGUUCGUCUGGCCGCCAAGCUUAUCGAGGAGGAUGCCGGUCUUCGCGCUCCCAUGAUGAAGCUGCUUGAUGGCUGGUUGCGUGACAAGAGCGAGUUGGUCAACAUUGAAGCUGCAAAGGCUAUCUGUGAAGUCGGCGAUCUGACCGACAACGAGGUCAUGCAAGCUGUCCACGUCCUUCAACUCUUCCUGACUUCUCCCCGAUCCGUCACCAAAUUCGCUGCCAUUCGCAUUCUCCACAACUUCGCCUCGUUCAAGCCUGAGGCUGUACGCCAAUGCAAUCCCGACAUCGAGGCUCUCAUCACAAAUUCUAACAGAUCAGUUGCAACCUUUGCCAUCACCACCCUCCUCAAGACUGGCAACGAAUCAAGCGUUGACCGCCUCAUGAAGCAGAUCUCUGGCUUCAUGGCCGAGAUCACUGAUGAAUUCAAGAUUACAGUUGUCGAGGCUGUUCGCACUCUCGCCCUCAAAUUCCCCAGCAAGCAGGCCGGUAUGCUUGCAUUCCUCAGCACUUCGAUCCGCGAUGAGGGAAGCUAUGAGUUCAAGAGCAGUGUUGUUGAGGCCAUUUUUGACCUGAUCAAGUUUGUGCCAGAAAGCAAGGAGGACGCUCUUUCGCACUUGUGCGAAUUCAUCGAGGACUGCGAGUUCACCAAGCUGGCCGUCCGCAUUCUGCACCUGCUGGGUAUGGAGGGUCCCAAGACUGCCAACCCCACCAAGUACAUCCGCUACAUUUACAACCGUGUUGUACUCGAGAACGCCAUUGUGCGCGCAUCCGCCGUCACUGCUCUUGCCAAGUUUGGUGUUGGUCAACAAGAUCCAGAUGUCAAGCGCAGCGUCAACGUCCUUCUCACCCGCUGUCUCGAUGACACAGACGAUGAGGUUAGAGAUCGUGCAGCCCUCAACUUGCGUUUGAUGAAGGAGGAUGACGACAUGGCUAGCAAGUUCGUCAGAAAUGAUUCCAUGUUCUCAUUGCCAGUUCUAGAGCACCAGCUUGUCAUGUAUGUGACAGCAGACUCAUCAGCUGCCUUCUCUCAGCCUUUCGAUCUUGGUUCCGUGCCUGUCGUCACUCGUGAACAGUCGCUCGCUGAGGACCGUACGAAGAAACUCACCACAGCCACCCCUACCCUCAAGGCACCUUCAGCCGGGCCCAAGCCCACUGCUGCCCGUGGUUCAGCAGAAGCUGCUGCAUCGGCAAGCGCAGCUGCUCAGAAGUAUGCCCAACAACUGCAAGCCAUCCCCGAACUUGCUUCGUAUGGAGGUGUUCUGAAGAGCAGUGCUGUCGUCGAGUUGACCGAAAGUGAGACCGAGUACGUUGUCACUGCUGUCAAGCAUCUGUUCAAGGAGCAUGUUGUCAUUCAAUACGAUAUCAAGAACACGCUGCCCGACACUGUCCUCGCCGAUGUAACAGUGGUAUGCACACCGGCAGCGUUGGACGAGUCAGAAGACAGUGGCUUGGAGGAAGAGUUUACAAUUCCUGCUCCUCUGCUCAAGACAGACGAGCCUGGCACUGUUUAUGUGUCGUUCAAGCGCCCUGAAGGACAAGAGUUCUCCGCGGCUAACUUCAGCAACGUUCUCAAAUUUACAAGCAAGGAGAUUGAUCCGUCGACCAACGAACCCGAAGAGCAGGGUUACGAAGACGAGUACGAAAUCUUUGAUUUGGAUCUCGUCGGAUCCGACUACAUCGUGCCCGCAUUUGCUGGCAACUUCGACAGCAUCUUCAACGGCAUUCCUUCAGAUGAUGAGCAUGAGGCUGAGGAGACUUUGCAGCUCUCUAAUGCCAAGACUUUGGCUGAAGCCACCGAGCUGCUUGUCAAGAGCCUGGGUAUGCAACCUCUCGAGGGCAGCGAAGUUACACUCUCGACAAGCACGCACAGCCUCAAGCUUUACGGCAAGAGCGUGACAGGUGGCAAGGUGGCAUCGCUGGUCAGAAUGGCAUUCAGUGCCAAGAGUGGAGUCACAAUCAACAUCAAGGUACGAAGUGAGGAGGAGAUGUUGGCAGCGCUUGUUGUUGGAGGAGUUGCAUGA